AUGGAGUGUGUCCAGACAGUUAACUACUCAAUUGUAGUUAAUGGUGAACCAACAAAACCUUUUAAUGCUGCAAAAGGACUGAGACAGGGUGACCCUAUGUCAGCAUACUUAUUUGCCAUUGCAAUGGAGUACCUAUGCAGGAAUCUGGCUAGUUUGAAGAAGGAGAAAGAGUUCAAAUAUCACCCUAGAUGCUUAGUUAAGCCGCAGAAGCGGCCAGAUGAGGAGAGGCUAGGAGUCGCAGGUUUACAAGCAAAUCUUCGUAAAAGUGAAGCUUAUUUUGGAGGUGUUCCUGUGGCAGAAAGGCAGCAAAUCCUGCAGAUGCUGGGACUUGCAAAUAGUGAACUACCUUUCAAGUAUCUAGGAGUUCCCGUAUCCACAAAGAAACUGAGUUUAAUGCAAUGGCAACCUCUUAUUGAUAAAAUGAUUAAAAGGAUUACUUCUUGGGCUGCUAAGACUCUAUCAUAUGCAGGGAGAGUCCAGUUAGUCCAAAGCGUAUUGUUUGGGAUUCAGGCUUUUUGGGAAAAACUGUUUAUCCUGCCAACAAAGGUGAUUAAAUUGGUAAAGAGGAUAUGCAGGUCCUAUGUCUGGUCUGGGGCAAAUGAGAUCACAAAGAAGGCUUUGAUAACCUGGGAUAAAAAGGAUGGAAUGGAAGCCAUUGAUGUUUCACAAUGCAGCAAGACCAAAGGCAAAGUUUAUAGUGUGGCUCAUGGUACAGGGAAGAUUGAUGACAUGCAACAGGCUAGCAAACUGGAAGAUUAA